AAGAAACUUCAUGAGGCGAGCUUCUUUAUAACCCUUUCCCUUCUUUUAUCCCAAGUAUUAUUUACAAAAGACUUGGAAGAACACACUACUCAUCUCUGCUUGUAGUCAUGGCUUCUUCUUCAUCUAUUAUUCCCAUAACUCCUAUUCAGCGAAAGUAUGAUGUUUUCAUUAGUUUCAGAGGGCGUCACAUUCGUGACAACUUUCUCAGUCAUCUACGUUCUGCCUUGUUCGGAGAAAAAAUUGUAAGUUUCGCUGAGGACAACAUUAGGAGAGGAGAUGAUAUUUCAAAGUCUCUUCGCAGGACGAUCAAGGAAUCACAAAUUUCCAUAAUUAUUUUCUCUAAGAAGUAUCCUUCUUCAAGAUGGUGCUUAGGUGAACUCGAGAAAAUCAUGAAGUGUAACAAAAGAAAUGGACAAUUUGUUAUACCGGUCUUCUUAAAAGUGAAGCCAACUGAUGUAGAAAACCAAACAGGAUGUUUUGGACAAGCUUUAGCUCAGUAUGAAGGUCAUCCAAAGAUACAAAUAUGGAGGGCUGCUUUUACAAAAGCUGCUAAUUUAGCUGGAUGGGAUUCAGAGGUCACAAGGCCUCAGGCUACACUUAUUAAAAAUAUUGUGUACGAUGUUAUGAGCAAACUUUACUUCGCUUCCCCAAACGAUUUUCGUAAUGUUGCUGGAGUGAGAUAUCACAUCCAGCAAAUUGAAUCAUCGCUAAUCAUGGUUCAACAAAUGUUCAAUAAUGGACUUGAUCGGAUCUCUAACGUUCCCUUAUUGAAUGGUCAUGCUUUCAAACCAGAGCAUCCAUUAAAUGGUCAUCAUAUGAGACUGCCAAAAAGGGAAAUAAAUUAUUCUUUUUCUUCUUUUUCCCAAAUGAAGUAUGAUGUUUUCCUUAGUUUCAGAAGGGCUGACACGCGCAACAACAUUAGCAGCCAUGCAUAUGCUGCUUUGCGCAGAGAAAAAAUUCAAACUUUCAUUGAUUAUGACCUCCAUAGAGUAGAUGUCGUUUUAGAUUCUCUUUUCAAGACGAUUACAGAAUCAAAAAUUUCAUUUGUCAUUUUCUCGGAGAACUAUGCUUCUUCAAGAUGGUGCUUAGAUGAACUCGUGAGAAUCAUGGAGUGUAGAAAAGAAAAUGGACAAAUUGUUAUACCAGUCUUCUACAAAGUGGAUCCAUCACAUGUGAGAAAACAAUCAGGCCCUUUUGGACAAGCUUUAGCUCAGUACGAAGGUCAUCCAAGGAUACAUAAAUGGAGAGAUGCGUUGACAGAAACUGCUAAUUUAUCAGGAUGGGAUUUACGGGUCACAGGACAUGAGGCUACGCUUAUUGAAAGUAUUGUGGCGGAUGCUUUGGGCAAGCUUUCCGACACUUCGUCAAGCAGAAACUAUUCCAAGGCAUACACUCAAGACAGAAAAUAGACAUGGUUGUUCAGUGGUUCAGCCUAACUCUCCUUGUGGUUAUCCGACCCAGUUCUCCUUGAACCAAGAUUGUGUGGAUGAUGUCCCAGUGUAGGGUAGGAAAAAGAAACGAAGCUAAAGGCAUUUCAGAUUUUUUUUUUAAAUUUCGUCUUUUUUGAGAAAAAUCGAGUCGAAAAAAGUAAGAGGACACCAGAGCUUGAUCUAGUUCUCCUCAUCUUUCUUUACAACUUCAAGAAUUUUGCCACCCUCGCUGGUCUCUUUCAUAUUUUUCAUGUUGUUAUGAUGAUCUUAUUAACCGUCAGCUUUUGCAUUAUUUUCAUGCUUUAUUUCACUUUACAGCUUGAAUGUCACUUUACUCAACUAGUCAUUAAGAAGGACAAUGAAAUGAAAUAGGGAAUUGAAAUUUUCAUUUUCGGAAUUGCA